UUAACGCGACACUCCGAAAGCGGAAGUGCCGUUCCCGUACACAGAUGUUAGCUUGAUUGUGAAACCUAACUCAAGCGGAGGAUUAUUUGUGGGUUUUGUCGUCCUUCCGUGGUCAAAGUUCACCUGCGUAGAGGCGCUGAUUCCUCGCGAGCAUGCCGAAACACAAGUUUACCGUGGCCAUGACGUGCGAAGGAUGUUCGGGCGCCGUCAACCGAAUUCUCAGCCGUUUGGAGGACGUCAAGUUUGAAAUCGACCUCCCCAAUCAGCUGGUCUGGAUCGAGUCGGAGAAGGACGCCGACUUUCUGCUGGAGACGCUCAAGAAGUGCGGCAAAGCCGUCACCUACCAAGGCGCUCAGUGACGGGCCUCCAUCUCGAGCCAGGGAGUGAAACUCUUUAUCAAGGCUGUCUUUUUGUGGUGCAGAAUGAAGAAAAUUUUCAACUCCUAUACAAUCAUGACUUCAUGCAUUCCAUACUAAAACUUUUUUUUAAUCUAAGCCACAGUGAUCAAACGUCUAACACUAAAAAAACACGCUCACUUUGCUUUUGUAGCAAAAAUGAAUUCUUGCUUAUGAAUUGGAUGUUACAUUGGUGCAAUAAAGUUCUAUACUUCAAUUUUGACUUUUCCCCCCUAUAUGAUAAAAUCACUUUUUUAAAAAAUAAAAUAAAUAAUCUUUUUUCAUUUUCAGAUUUUCAUGAUUUUUCUUUUUUAUUCUAAAUGUAUAUAAUACACAUGGAGAAAUUGACACUUCGUCUCUUUCUGUUGAUUUGAGGGCAUUUCAAGGUCACUUCCUGUGAUUAUCGGGUCAUUUCCUGUGAGAGUCGAGUCAUUACCUGUUGAUUUGGUGGCAUUUCAGGGUCACUUCCUGUCAAAAUCGGUUCACUUCCUGUUGAUUUGGGAGCAUUGUAGAGUACGUUCCUGUUGAUAUGAGGUCACUUCCUGUUGGUUUGAUGGCAUUUCAAGGUCACUUCCUGUGAUUAUCAGGUCACUUCCAGUUGAUGGGUAUGAUGGGGCUUUUCAGGGUAACAUCCUAUUGAUUUACGUCACUUCCUGUUGAUUUCAGGGCAUUUCGAGGUCACUUCCUGUGAAUAUUGGGUCACUUCCUGUUGAUUUUGGGGCCACUUCCUGUGCAUAUCUGGUGACUUCCUGUUGAUUUUGGGGACGUUUCAGUGUCACUUUUUUUGAAUAUUGGGUCACUUCCUGUUGAUUUGGUGGCAUUUCAGGGUCACUUCCUGUCAAAAUCAGUUCACUUCCUGUUGAUUUGAGGGCAUUUCUGGGUCACUUCCUGUCAAAAUCAGUUCACUUCCUGUUGAUUUGAGGGCAUUUUGGGGCCAUUUCCUGUGAAUAUUGGGUCACUUCCUGUUGGUUUGAGGGCAUUUCAAGGUCACUUCCUGUUGAUGGGUAUGAUGGGGCUUUGCAGGGUAACAUCCUAUUGAUUUAGGUCACUUCCUGUUGAUUUGGGGCCAUUUCAGACUAAAUUCCUGUUGAUUUGAGGGCAUUUCAGUAUCACUUUUUGUGAAUAUCGGGUCACUUCCUGUUGAUUUGAGGGCAUUUUGGGGCCACUUCCUGUGCAUAUCAGGUGACUUCCUGUUGAUUUGAGGGCAUUUCGAGGUCAUUUCCUGUCAUUAUCGGCUCACUUCCUAUUGAUGGGUAUUUGGGGGCUUUUCAGUGUAACUUCCUAUUGAUAUAGGUCACUUCCUGUUGAUUUGGGAAGAUUGCAGGGUAACUUUCUGUUGAUUUGGGAGCAUUUUAGGUUAAGUUCCUGUUGAUAUGAGGUCACUUCCUGUGACUAUUGGGUCACUUCCUGUUGAUUUGGGGACAUUUCAGGGUCGCUUUUUAUGAAUAUUGGGUCACUUCCUGUUGAUUUGGGGGCAUUUCGAGGUCCCUUUCUUUAGAUAUCAGACCACUUCCUGUUGAUUUAGUGGCAUUUCGGGGUCACUUCCUGUGAAAAUAGGUUCACUACCUGUUGAUUUGAGGGCAUUUCGAGGUCAUUUCCUGGGAUUAUCGGGUCACUUCCUAUUGAUGGAUAUUUGGGGGCUUUUCAGGGUAACUUCCAGUUGAUAUAGGUCACUUCCUGUUGAUUUGGGGGCAUUUCGAGGUCACUUCCAUUUGAUAUCAGGUCACUUCCUGUUGAUUUAGUUGCAUUUCGGAGUCACAUCCUGUAAAAAUCAGUUUAUUUCAUGUGGGUUUGAGGUCACUUCCUAUUGAUGGGUAUGAUGGGGCUUUUCAUGGUAACUUCCUAUUGAAAGUAAAGUAAAUGUUUAGAUUAUCUUCAAUUUUAACAUACAUCCUAUGUUCUUAAGUAGUUCAAAUUGAGAUUUGGCAUUUAGUAUGUGAGGAAAUGAGGGGAAAAUAAAAAUUAGGAGAUGGAGUUAUG